UCACUGUCAACACCAACAAGCUCACCUUCCCUUCCUUCUUCUUUUCUCUUUCCUUCUCACAACCACAGAUAACAUCAUGGGGUACUACUAUGGAGGCGGAACACUGACUACAGCGGUACUCCUCGUCGGAGCUUAUAUGCUCUUCAAUGGAGAGGGCGAGACAUUCAACAUCGGUCGAUUUUUGGAGGAAACAUCACCGUACACUUGGGCCUCACUGGGCGUAGCAUUAUGUAUAGGCCUCAGCGUCGUUGGUGCAGCAUGGGGAAUAUUCGUAACCGGCUCAAGCAUAAUCGGUGGCGGUGUGCGCGCCCCAAGAAUCCGCACAAAGAACCUAAUUUCCAUCAUCUUCUGUGAAGUUGUAGCUAUUUACGGCGUAAUCAUGAGUAUUGUCUUCUCCGCAAAACUAGCAAACGUCCCCGCGGAAGCCCUCUACGACCCGAAAAACUACUACACUGGCUACGCAAUAUUCUGGGGUGGCAUAACGGUCGGCAUGUGUAACGCCGUAUGCGGCAUCGCCGUGGGGAUCACCGGAUCGUCGGCCGCGCUCGCGGACGCGGCGGAUCCCUCGCUCUUCGUCAAGAUUCUUGUCAUUGAGAUUUUUGGCAGCGUGCUAGGGCUUUUUGGGCUGAUUAUCGGACUGUUAGUUGCAGGGAAGGCGGAGGAUUUCAGUUGAUUUGGCAUCGUGGUUAUGGGUACGGGUACAGGUAUUGGGGGUGGGGGUGGAGGGCGGUGAAAUAUACACGUAAUGAAUGCUGAGAGGAGGGAAAAAGGAGCAAAAGAUUGGCAGACUGAAUGGAUGGUGGGAGGGCGGAAGACGGAAUCAUCUGGCGCGGUAACAACUAUGGUAUGGUACAGGGCCUGCUGUAUUAUUAUGUAUUUGGUAAAGGCUUUCAUGCGAUGAUCAUAUCCAAUCA